GAUAUGGUCGAUGUCAGAAAAUAAAUGUCAAUUUUUCCUUCACUAAAAGCAGAAUUGUAACCCUUCACACUAAUUGAUCACAAGAACUGAGUGUGAUGUCAGAAAGCGGAGAUAUCCUGCGUGUGGAGGAUAUCCAUAAACUUUUGGAAAACUUUUCAAAGAACGCGUACAAAGCCAAAGAGUCUGAUAUUUUUAGCGAGAAGGUUCAGAAACAAUGUCUUGCAUUGUUUGCUAAGGAUUAUAAAUUCUCGAUAAUCAACAACACAAAUGGUGAAUUAUGUAGUCACUACCCAUCACAGAUAGUUCUUCUGGAGUAUGAAAGGGAUCAAGGUGCAAAAAAGGAACAGAGCGUUGAAUGUAUUUAUGAUUUACCCAAGCUGCGUGACCUGUUCACCAAGGCGAGGUUUGCUCGAUGUCGAGCAAGAUUUGCUGUUCCGGUCAUUCUCUAUGAGGGUAAACAUAUCUGCCGCUCAGCAACGAUAUCGGGUGGCGCAGAAAUCUAUGGGCGGUCAGGGUUCGACUUUUUCUUCACGGGCGGUGAGAGUAUACCCGGUGAGGAGGCAGCAUCGGAUAUGGGGAAUACGGAGUGGCAGUUGUUCGACCGGAUACGCGGGCAGGAUAUCCGGUUACUGAAGGAGCUUCAAGUCAAGACUAUCUGUGAUCUCAUGGUCGAGAAGAAAAAGGUCAAAUUUGGGAUGAAUGUUACAUCAUCUGAAAAGGUGGACAAGGAGAAUCGUUAUUCUGACUUUAACAUCCUGUGUACGCCGUAUCCUGGCUGUGAAUUCUUCCGAGACUGGAAGGACAAUAAUUACGCUGCAGAGGGCAUGAAGUUUGAUUGGAAUCAGGGUUAUGUCGAUUCAAUAUUGGAUAUUCCACCAGAUUCAGUCACAUCACAAGUUAAAGUGGACUGGAGUACUUACAAGGAGUGGGACCUCGUCCGACUUACACAGACUUAUAUAAAAUUACUACUGAAAUACGUCGCAGAAGGCGAGGGUGGCUUACUGGUACAUUGCAUCUCUGGCUGGGACCGGACACCUUUAUUCAUCUCACUGCUGCGGUUAUCACUCUGGGCCGACGGGGCCAUCCAUACGUCACUAAGUGCCAUGGAGAUACUCUAUCUAACACUCGCCUAUGAUUGGUAUCUGUUUGGUCAUAAUCUGCCGGACAGACUUAACAAAGGAGAGGAUAUCUUCCUUUUCUGUUUCACCUUCCUUAAACAUUUGACGUCAGAAGAAUUUUCUGUAAAACCGAAGCGAAUAAGAUCAACUAGCCGUACAGAUUCAGAAUGCAAUUUUGACGGUGUGCUCUUGGACAGCGACAAUCCGACUGCGUGUAGCAAUUAUAGAGGGAGCAAUGCGAGUAUCAACAGUACGGGAAGUCUCGGUAGCAGCUGUGAUAACAUCAUGGUCUCCGCGCCAGAGGAUGAAGUCACCAUGACGCAUGCCAAUGGUAACCCCAGUGUGUCUUAUUCAACUAUUCACCGGCGGUCUCCAAUAAACCGGAUCGUGGGUGGAGUCUGUGAUGUACCGAAACUUGGAGUGAGUGGCCACAGUCUGGCGAUGAGUAUUCCUGUAGCUGUGCCCUCGGCAAUAAACAAAACACAAUCGAAUUCGGGAUCGUCCGUUUGUGGAAGCUGGCAAAUCAUAUCUGGUAAUGGAAGUUUACGAGGUACAACAUCGUCGUAUGAGUCGCCUCGGUCAUCCUCGUCCGAUUACUCAAAUAUUAGUGGACACAGUUCAAGCUGUUGUCAAUACCACGAGACGACCGACAUGCCUGAUGACAACCCAAGAAAGAAACGCCUCGACGUAGUCUGGCGUUUGUUCCGAUCGAUAUAUGCGGCCACUGGUGACUUCCGGAACGGCUCAGAAGGGGGCGGUAUUGGUGGCUUAUUGGAUCACUUCGCCGAGAAAGUCGGGUUUCGAACGCGGCCAGGGAUGGCACCGUUGUGAUAAAAAUGGUGCCUAGGUAUAUGAUGUGUUUGUAAAGUAUGUCUACAGAGCAGGUGGUGACUGUCGUUUAUGUUACGAACAUCGGCUUUUUUCCAUCCCAGAUAUGCUACCCGAGAACUACGAUGCAUGAAUGUACGUAAUGUAUCACAAGACCACUCAUUUGAGAAGACGUCGCGAUUUCUUUGCUGAAAUUAUGUAGUUAUUUAUCAUUUAUUCGUCUGUGAAGAUUUCAUGACUUCAUCUUCUGAAGAAAGGGUUUAAAUCCAUCGAGUGAGGAAUUCUGUAUCUAAAAGUUUACAGAGGAAUCUUCCAGCCGAGCUGUUGUCUCAUAACAUUGAGACUCGUGUAAACGAUGGUCACCACCUGCCUUCAGGGAGCAGCACUGCCUUAGAUACGUAAUCCAUUGAAAGAGAAACUGAGAACUAUGACGUUGUUGAAGAAGUUGGGUUCCAAACUCAGACUGGGGUGUUGCGAGUAUUAUAGUUACGGUGGGGCGAAUAAUGGCCCCCUGGACGGCAACUCAGGAUUUUCAGUAGGAUAUUUUAUUUGCUAUAUAUUGGAUGGAUAGAAGAAACCAAUGAACUGGGAUGGCUCCAGUAUGACGAAAAUGGUGUUGUGAUCGGGGCUAUCCUCGGGUAGAGUUGGGGUGAAUGUUAUUUUGGUUCAUAUUCUUCAUCAGCAGUUGGUACUGCUGUAUACCAUCAACUGUGAAGCGUACUUAUCAUGGCGAUAGUCCAGAUAUUAAAGUUUGAGGUUCAUUUGAUGAUGUUUAUUCUGCACAAUUAGUCUAAGUGCUCAUAUCAUACAAGUGAAAACCUAUUGACUCGGUCAAACUUAAGCCUUUUUAAAAACAGUUCAAUUUGUGAUCAUAUAGUUUGUUUGAUUAGGGCCUAUACUCUAAAGUAUGAAAUGUGCUUACCAAAACCAUACACUAAAAACUUGUAAUUUCAUUGCGGUGAUUCAAACGAAUCAUCUGGUUACGGGAGACAAUAGACCCUUUGUGGCUGGUGAAAUGGAGGGGGAAAGAAACAGAAAGGAGUGCCUUUUAGCCUUCUAAAUCUGUCUGACGAAGGAUUCCAGCGGGUUUAUUGUUGUUUUCCAGCAAGAUGUUUCCUGUGUGUUAAUUUGAUAUACCAAACUUCCAAGUUCAUAAAGGCACUGAGGGUAACAGCAUCUUGGUAGGCGGCGCUGAUUUUCACGAGGGUAUGCGUCCAAUGACGUCAGAACUCAGACAAAGUGACGUCACAUCUCUUGUCGCAAUAACACAUUACCCUAGUGACAGUCAGAGCCACCUAGCGGCAACUGUAGUUCUGCCUGUACCCUAUUGAUUCUGAUCUCAUGUACCGGGUUAUUUUCCUUGCUGAGACAUAAUUAUUUACAAUAUCUUAACGAGUAGUGUACAACAUAAUCUUAGUUUUUGCUGCGUAUAUAAUAUUGCAUUUAUAAAGUGACUUGUUGAUUUAUGUUCAAGGUUUCCGUAAAAGUGGAAAGACUUUGGCUCAUCAUGUGUAUAUCGACCAGAGCUCACUCUUACUUAUAAAUAUUGAUUGGGCCAGUGGGCACCCAAGUUAGAGAGAAGCCUAGCACAUGACCAGCGAGUUUCCUUUUUUGAUUUGUAACUCACCUCUUCUUGUCUGCGGACAUUGCCACUUCCAAAUUUCUGACUCUCCCUGACCACUUUUUCAGCCAUGUGCUAGCAUCUGCUCUACUCUCUCUGUGAUUAUUUGUGAUCUGAUUUCCGAGUUAAGAAAUUGUGUUGGGCAAAAAUACCCCUGAUCUGAAGUGACAGCAGUUUGAAACACCCAAAGAUGGGAUGAAGGUUGGUCAGUCAAUGGGAUUUUGUGGGAGUUGUCGAGGAUUCGUGCAAAAUAGUAAAGAAAGGGUAGAUGCAUGCCACUUUUAGGUUACUAGUAGUUGUGAAUAAUGUGUUCUGUCCUUUUAUGUAACCCAAGGGUUAACCUGAAACCAAGUUUGAUGUUAUUAUAAGGUUAAAAACCAA